AUGUGUCCAAACGUUGUGUCUAUUUGUACCCAAACGUGUUGGCUUUUGGGUCAAUGUGACCAAACGUUCAGCGCCCUCGAUAUCGGAGCAAAUGGACGAGCUAGCGAUAGUGCAAUAUUUCGGGAUAGCACUUUGAAUAUCGCAUUGGAAAACAAUACCCUCGGGAUGCCGGAAAAAUGUGUUAUUAUCGGGGAUGAUGCUUUUCCACUAAGAACAAACUUAUUGAAGCCAUAUAGCAAAACUGGACUUAAUAAUUCUGAAAUUAUAUUUAACUAUCGUCUUUCACGUGCUAGAAGGUUAGUGGAAAAUGUGUUUGGCAUAUUAGUGUGGUGGUUCAGAAUAUUUUCAAAACCAAUUGAUCUAAAACCAGAAACAAUAGACAAAGUAAUCUAUGCUGCAUGUAGUUUCCACAACUGGCUACGUAAAACUAAUCCAAACACAUAUAUACCUCCACAAGCAGUUGAUCGAGAGGAUUUGAACAAUGGCAAUAUUAUUUCUGGGGAAUGGAGAGAACAUGUUAAUAGUCUAGAUUCCGUUAGUCAAAUCGGCAGUAAUAAUAAUAAACGAGCUGCUGAAGAAGUUAGAAGUUCAUUAGCAAAAUAUUUUAUGGAGGAAAAUCCUUUACCUUGGCAAUGGGAAAAAGUUGGUAUAACUAUAUAA